AUAUAUACCAUACAACAAAUGCUUCUUCAAACCUGGUCUCAAACUUCUUCAAUUACCCAGCUUAUUUGUUUCCCUGCUUUUUCAUAGCCAAUACCAAGGUCUUGUUAAUCGUUGUUAAUUCCUGCCUUUUCUUCAAGUACUGAUGACGGAGCUGGUUUCAGUUCUUCCCGACGAUAUAGUCCGCGAUUGUCUAACUCGUGUUUCUUACGAGGGGUUCCCGACUAUCGCAUCAGUGUGUAAGGAUUGGAUGGCCGAGAUUCAGCUCCCGGAGUUUCACCGGCUACGGAAGAACGCUGGCCAUGUUCAGAAACUCAUUGUCAUGGCCCAAGCUCGGGUCGAACCCAAUCUGACUUCCGGCGUAAUAAAGUGUUCGGUUCAUCACCCGGUUCACCGCCUUACUAUAUGCGAACCGGACACCGGUGUUUGGAGGGAGCUGCCGUUGGCGCCCGAGAUGUCUGCCGGGUUACCAAUGUUUUGCCGCUUGGCCGGAACGGGGUCGUAUUUGGUGGUGAUGGGUGGAUGGGAUCCGAUGACGUGGACUGUCUCCAAUUCGGUGUUCGUCUAUAAUUUAUUGACUGCCACGUGGCGGCGUGGGGUGGAUAUGCCGGGUAGGCCCAGGACGUUCUUCGGGUGCGCAUCGGAUUCGGAGCGACGGAUCGUUUAUGUCGCCGGUGGACAUGACGAGGACAAGGUAGCGCUGAGAUCUGCUAUGGCGUAUGACGUGGACAAAGACGAGUGGGUCAUGUUACCUGACAUGGCAAGAGAUCGCGACGAGUGCAAGGCGAUAUUCCACGCUGGCAAGUUCCGCAUCGUCGGUGGCUACUGUACAGAGAUGCAAGGCAGGUUCGAGAGAACCGCCGAAGUGUUCGAUGUCUCCACGUGGUGUUGGAAUCAUGUAGAGGAGGACUUUUUAGAAGCUGGCAAGUGUCCACGCACUUGUGCCGGGGGCGACGACGGAGCAGUUUACAUGUGUAGGGGAGCUGAUGUGGUGGCGAAUAAAAGUGCCAAAUGGCAAGUGGUGGCCAAGCUACCUGCUGAGGUGUGCAAUACCGCUUACACGUGGAUGUGGCUGGGAAAGUUAAUGGUGAUUGGUUCUGCAGGGUUUGGUCGAUCCCACGUGGCUUACAUACUGGAUUUGAAAAGUUAUGCAUGGACGAAACUACAGACCCCUGAGAACUACUCCGGACAUGUUCAAGCUGGGUGUUAUUUGGAGAUUUAACCCUACCGUAUUUGUUAUUCGUUUUUGUGUUUUUUUCCCUUUAUUUAAUUUGUUUAUUUUUUGAAGCAAAAUUUUUACUUGUAUAUAUGCAAUCAGAAUUUAGGCUUGCCUUUUUUGGAGCUUCUAUUUAAUUCUGUUAG